CUGGCGGCAAAGGAGAUAAACAAAAUCCAUAUGUAUAUAUAUAUAUGGCACUCUUACCGAACUGUUUGUGAGCUAAUAUUUCCUAUGCUGAAGGACUUUCUCUGACUUUCAGACAUCUAAACCAACCAAAAUUCGUCAUAAACGUUGGGAAGGUUCUCAGGCCUCGUUUGGCAAGGUAUCGGGAUCAGCCACGCAGCAAACUAUGGAGGACUGCAAGCCUACAGAUCACAUUCCAACCCAAGAUCAAAUCCCUCCCACAGCAAUCCCGGAGGAGACAACAGAAGAAGCAGAAGCAAAUUUGUCACCAACACCAAAAACAGAAGAAAAAGAGGAGCAAAAAUCAUUAUUCGAGUCGAAAAACCCUAAUUCACAUACCCCCACAUUUCAAUCCCCUCCUACCGAACAUUCGGAGGACACGUGCAAUCUCCCUUAUCAAUCACAUUCAUCCUGUGCCUGCGGAGGCACUCAAAGCGGCCCGAACAGGAUCACGUUAGGGUUCUCCCCGCCCUCAAAUUAUAGGCCCAUAAGGGCGCCCGCCCUCUUGACGCCCCCCAACACGCAGGCCAUUGUAUCUGCCCCAGUUCCGCAAGCCGUAAAAGUCCCGCUCUUAUCCCCUCCCUACGCCUUCCAAGUCCCAGUUAAAAGAAUCUCAAGCCCUGCCGACAUAGAACACUUCACCACUUCCGAUUCCGGAAAAACAUUCCUAGGGUUUGUAGUCUUGCUCAGUGAAGCGAUCCGUGGACGCAAAAUCUCAGAUUACUGCUCCGAAUCCCAGGUUGUGAAGUUCAUUGUCGGAAUACUUGAUGAAAUGGCGGGUUGGGUUGACGAAAUACCGCCCGUGCAGCAGCCUGCCCGGUAUGGUAACCCUGCAUAUAGAGUAUGGUAUGAAAAAAUGGAACAAGAAGGCUUUGUAUUCAUGGUUAGGGUUUUGGGUCAAGAUUUUCGCGAGGCAUCUGGUGAAAUUUUUCCUUAUUUUGCCGAUAGCUUUGGAAAUUCAUUGAGAAUUGAUUACGGCACAGGCCAUGAAACGAAUUUUGCCGCGUGGCUGUUUUGUCUCGCUAGAUUGGGAAUUUUGAAAGAAAAUGACUAUCAAGCUGUGGUUUCCAGGGUAUUUGUGAAGUAUUUAGGGCUUAUGAGGAAAUUGCAGACGACUUAUCUUUUGGAGCCUGCGGGAUCCCAUGGGGUUUGGGGGUUGGAUGAUUACCAUUUUCUGCCUUUCGUUUUUGGGUCGUCUCAGCUGGUGAAUCAUAAGUAUAUGAAACCCAAGUCUAUACACAAUGAGGACAUUUUGGAAAAUUUUUCGAAUGAGUAUCUUUAUCUUUCGUGUGUGGCUUUUGUGAAGAAGAUGAAGAAGGGUCCUUUGGCUGAACAUUCGCCCAUGAUUGAUGAUAUUAGUGGUGUGCCGAAUUGGGGCAAGGUGAAUAGUGGGAUGCUCAAGAUGUACAAAGCCGAGGUGCUGGAGAAGGUGCCUAUCAUGCAACACUUCUUGUUCGGAUCAAUUAUUAAAUGGGAUUGAGCAUGUAAAUUACAAGAUAUGAGCGAACUCUGACGCAGAAGUAAGGUCCUUAAAUUUUGCUGACUGAAGCUCUCCUGGAGGGGAGCUCUGCCUGUUCCUUUACGAGUGAAGAGAAAUGUGGGCACUUUUUUCUUGCUUUUCAAUUUCUGUCUUUUAUCUGCUAUAAAUUUUCUCGAAUCGGCCACCAAAUGUUUGAAUUGUCUUGAAUGUUAGAACUAUUAAUAUGGAAAGUAAAUGUAUUGAGAUACAUGCCACACUAGUCCAAUAGAACAAGCAUUGGAAAGCUUCUAUGUAAGUAAAUAUCUGUAUAUUUUAACCUUUUUGUAGCUAAGCAGAUAUGGACCAAGCUGCAGUUGUUUGAUGGUUAGGUAAAGAGUUAAAAAGGUUCACACCAAAUCCUUGUAUAUGAAAUUUUGUUAGAUUCUUUUGCAAAGAGUAUAAAAGACCAAACCAGUCAACCUGUUUGUUAAACUUCACUCUUCUUUUAAGAUGAGCUUCAUCGCUUUGAGAUCA